UUCACUUCACCGGCAACACUUUUGUAGCGUUACUUCGCUAUUAAUGGAUGUAAACAUGGCGAAAGCGUGUCAAAAGCGUGAAAAACAGUCUAACUAAUUCUAUAAGCAAGAAUAGCAAAACGUGGCAAUUGCUUUAAGUUCGUAAAGUUAAUAAUCUUAAACGUGUCGAAUUUUCGAGUAGAAGUGUGUGGAGAUACUUAUAUCUACAUUAUCCAAGGAAGAUUAAAAAAAGACAUUUGACUGACUCACAAUUAUUUAAAUGAUUAUCAUAAAAUUCCUUUUAAAAUAAAAUAUACAAUAUGAAAGUUAUAAAAGGAAAUUGGAAUACCCUUUUGAGCAAUUAUGAAGUUUUGGAUAUCUUACAAAAUACAAAGUCUUACAAGAAACAGAAAAUGAAUCAGCUUGCUACUAUCACUUAUCAAACAAUCAAAUAUUUAGAAGAUACACCAUGUAAGAAGCAGAAUCCUGAGAAAAUACGAGAGUUCCUAAAAGCGAUGGAGCCCAUCAAAUUGACAAAAGCUGAAAAGCUUAUGCUUCUCAAUCUUUGCCCUACUACGCCACUCGAGAUACAACUGAUGGUGGAAGAAAGCGAGGAACGACUAUCGGAGGAAGAGGUGGAAACUGUGCUUCGAAUUGUUGCAGAUGUGCGAGGGGAUGAGCAAGACGUAGAACAAGAGACCUAAUCUUAGACUAUAAAAAAUAACUUGUGUAAAUAUAUUUUACGUAUGUACAUUUUAUUUAUAAUGAAACAUGACUGGAAAUUGUAUAAUUAAAUUACUGUAUGUGCG